GGGGGGUUGGGGCGGGGGAGGGGUGAGAUCCUUCCUCCUGUCGGCCUGGCCGUGCCGCCACACGACUCUGCCCACAGACCCAGACCCUGCGUCUCGCAGCCGAGUGCCCGCCUCGCCGGUAGUCACGGAUAGUCCCGCGAUCACGCACGCGUCCUGGACGCCUCCCUAGUGAGUAGCCCCGGCUGACCCAGAGGCGACAAAGUCGCAUGCGCUAUUUGAUUGGCCCUGCUGUGGGGCCUGGGCCGAGGCCUGAAACUGACAGCACCCUCCCUCCUUCGAGGCAUCACUUGGGAAAGAGUCCUGAAAAAAGGACUUGGGUUAACCCUGCCAGCGUGCAAGGACCGCAUCCGCAGCAGCUUCCAAAGCUGGCAGGGAGAGCUGAGUGCACAGCGGGCCACACGAACGUCCUCGGUUUGUCUGGCUGUACAAUGUCCCUUCCCAAAGGACACUGGACACUCUUCAAGCUCAGCGGCCCAGGCUGCGGGGUCAGAGUCACAGUGAGUGAACCCUGAUCUGUUCCCCAGGCGUGGCGUCCAGGCCCUGUCAGUACCACGUAGCUGUGCUUGGCUGAGCUGGGGGCCCUGGCACCACUCUACACAGCUCUCAGGUGGCUCUGGGAUGCUCAGGCAUCUUCAUUUCCACACAACACACCCGUCUGAGGAUGUCACCUGAGAUGGUCUGAAUUCUGACUUCUUAAACUAAGCCAGGACUCCUCCUCCCACUGCUCAAGUGAAUACAGUGCAGAGCUGGGCGGGCAGGAGCUGGGUCUGGGGCAUGAGCCGGGUCCCGCUGGCGGAGAAGGCCCUGUCCGAAGGCUAUGCUCGCCUCCGAUACCGCGACACUUCCUUGCUCAUCUGGCAGCAGCAGCAGCAGAGGUUGGAAUCUGUGCCGCCUGGGACCUAUCUGAGCAGGAGCCGAAGCAUGUGGUACUCACGGUACGGAAACGAGGCCAUCUUAGUCCGAGACAAAAACAAGCUUGAGGUCUGCCGGGACACGGGCCAGUCCAAGGUGUGCACAAUCGUGUGAUUAAACCCGUGGCCAGGUAUCAAGCCUUUUGCACCUCUCAGUUGUCACAUGGCUUCCUAAUUCUCAGCGGGAGGCCACGAAGAUCCAGAUGAGGUGUAAGAUCCCAAGAAAUCCAGCAACUCCUUGCUCGGGUCCCCCCAAAGCUGGUGGCUGCACACCCACUUUCAGGGUUCUGCGCAGAAAGGCCCAUGUUUCCAGACAAGUCAAGCAAGAGGAGCCCCAGCCCCAACCACCAACCGUUCUGAGUUCUAGAGGUUGUUUCUAAUAUUAGCUUCUGCCUGCUGAAGAAAGGGUAGCUGCUGUCACACGUGUUCUCGGAUCCCUCUGCUCGCAUCCGCACAAGCAGCCUUGGUGGCUGCAGUGGUGGCAUCUCAAUGGGAUGUGGUGCCCUGUGGUGGCCUCCACACUGGCUCCUAAGCACAGGGGCCCAUGGGCGAGCUUGUCCUGCACAAGGCUCCCUGAGUUUCCAGUGACUUCCAGCUGUCACGUGGCUGUGAAGCAGGCUCCCCCUCCAACCCCAGGCUGCAGCUGCCCACCGUUUGGGGUUCAGCAUACUCCAUCCUCACUGCACAGCCAUUCUGAGGGCCUUUGCCCUCUGCUGCAGUGAAAAUCCUCUGGCGAUGCACACGUGGAGGAGUUUUGUCAAAGCUGGUUUUGCUUUUCUAAAUAAACAUCCUUUACGGUUCCUUCCCUUUCUCUGGCUUUUGUCUUCUUCAGACCCUACUUGGCUUUCACUCUUAGUAAAAGCUGAGUAAAUACUGCAGAGCAGAGCUAAAUGCCCUCCUGAGAGAAGAGCACUGUCGGCAGUGCGGUCACAGUCGCAGCGUCCUGGUGGCACCUUCCUUCCCGUCUGGCAGACACCAGACCUCCCUAGUGGGCAGAGAUGCCGCCAACAGCUCGUCCUGAGCGUGGCGUGUUCCCUGCUUCCCAUUACAGCCAUGCGUGUUCACCUGCAGACCGGAGGCCCACCGGAGGGAGCCCUGCUCAGCUGCCCGCCCUAGAGCCAGGUCCCUUUGCUGGCCCCGUGGUGUCCAGGCUGGAGGAACUGUCCCAUCUGCGAGAGCGAGACUUGCCCAACCGAGGCACCAUAGCAAUGUGGAUCAAUCCAGGCUGUUCUUGUCUACAUCUUUGUAGCUCCUCAAUUUAAGCCCCGCUAGGAAAGCAAGCUGCCUUCACAGACCUGCUACGGCACCUGACCCAAGGGUGGUCAGAGGUCAUGUGCAGCAAUGGGAUAUGCACAUGCUCACCAGGGCCAGUGGUGCAGGUUAACAGGCACUGGGCUACACAGGCAAGCUGGAGCUAAGGUGCUUAGCCCACAAGAAGACACCAUCUGCCCAGGGCAGACAGGACAGUGACAUGCUGGAAGCCAAUGUGGACUGAUGCGGUGGGCCUAGCCAGUACCCAGCGUGAACCUCCUCCCUGGGAAUGUCUGUCCCAGGCUGGCAGCAACAGGCUGUUCUGAGCAGUGUGUUAGGGUCCUCGGAUGCCUUGACCCCCAAAUUCCUUCACCAGUGACCCUCAAGGACGUCCAGGGCCUGUUCCGAAUGACAGUCAGCUAUAGCACAAAGACCUGUCCUACCUCGUUUCAGGUAGGGUUGGACCACUUAGGGGCCUGUGUCACAGGAAGUCAAGAGGGCAUGGGAUGGCGCCUGCUUGACAGUGAUGAAGGCAGCCCACUCCAGGGCUCCAGGGACCAAGGACGGAGAGGAAGGGGCAGGCACUUUCUGCGUAAGGCUGUGGGAUGGCACUGAGCCUGGCUCCUCCCCAGCCCAGGCGGUGAACGUGGCUGCUGAAGGCCCUUUACCAAGAUGGAAGGGGAGUGGUCACACCACACCACACACCAUGAAGAAAGACACCACCACGGAAAGCUAGGAUGCGUGGUUGGUUUUUUUCUUUUUAUUAUGAAAACAAAACAAAUGCCCCAGGAGAAGGGUCCAUGAUUACCAGAAACAUCAAAGAGUACUUUCUACCAUUUUUAUUCUGUGGUGUUGAGGCCAGCAUUGCAAUAAACAAGCUAAAACUACUUACAUUGGACUCAUUUUCAGUAACUGACAUUUACAGGAAUAUACUAGAAACGGCAC